UUGCAAACACAGAUUCAUGAAGCAGUUUGAAGCAUAGUUGCUUGUGAGCUUCACAAAUAUGGUCCUUACAUUUCGCCCAGCUUUCUCUGGCUAUUCUUUUUAUUUAAAAAAAAAAAAAGUGCAUAUACGUCGUCCGUGUCACUCUCUGCAGUUUGUACACGCGGAUCGCUCCGGUCGCCGGCGACAAUGGCAUGUCAAAGCCUCUGCAAAUCAAGAAUUGCUACAUGUCUGGGCAGGACUAGCAAUUCUCUGUCUGCGAUUUGCAGUUGUCACCGUCAUCGUCUCCAUUCUUGUGACGCUUCUCCUUCCUCCUACCCUCAUCAUCUUUCUUCCUUAUCCUCAUCAUCUUCUUGCUUCCUCAAAGCCCAUACUAUAUUCUUUUCAAUUCCCUCAACAGCUCCAAGGAGGACUCACCUCUGCUUCCUGCAACAUCCACACCACCACCGUAGCUUGCUCUGGUGCCUGAAUUACAGUAAUGCUGCAAAUGCCUCGGUCGAUACUGGUACUGAGGGUUUGGGUAAAAGGUACCUGGAAUUGACGAACGAAGAACUCAUGCGGCAGUGCGAGAUGGAUACCUUCAAGUCUUCUGGUCCAGGUGGUCAGCACCGAAACAAGCGCGAGUCUGCGGUUCGCCUCAAGCACCUUCCCACUGGUAUUAUUGCUCAGGCUGCUGAGGAUCGAUCACAGCACAAGAAUCGUGCAUCUGCCUUGACUCGCCUCCGUGCUCUGAUAGCUCUUAAAGUCAGGAACACUUUGGAUCUCGAUGCUUAUUCACCACCUCAAGAGCUUCUGCAAAUACUUCCUGCUAAGUCAUCCAUUAGAGGAUCAGAUUGUGGUCCUCGAAUUGGACCAAACAACCCAAAAUUUGUCCUCGUAUGUCUCUUUAUGCAAUGUGCACAGGAUGUCUUUCUAUCCGGAAUGCAAGCUUUGUUGGAUCUCAUUUUUGCAGUUGAGGGAUCUAUCUCGGAAGCUGCAAAGUUUCUCGGAUUAAGCACUGGGGCACUGUCACGGUUGAUCCUAUCAGAUGAUUCUCUUAGAAUGGCAAUAAAUGAGUUUCGGGCAUCAAAGGGUAUGAAGCCUCUUAGGUAGGAGCUCUGAAAUUUUUAUUAUAGAUGCAGGCCAUCGGAUGGUACGAGGAGAUUAAUGGGAGGAAACCAAAAAGUUGAGAACUUGAAAGCUCACCAGGCCGUCGGCAAAUUGUUGACUGAUGCAGAUUCGGUGCCAUGAUAAUUCAAAUGGUCUGAACAAUUCGGUGUUCUGCAUUAUUUGAGAUGACUGUCAUUGUCCUCCAAACAAACCUUGAAGAACUCGAACUCGAAGGCCUUGGGCACUAAAUUAGGUGCUUUUCCCUUGCUUAGAAACUCUUGUCUGCUUCCUCCGUCAAUCCCAGUUCAUCUGGGUGAAGUUGAUCGUAUGGAUAGAUAUAUAAAGUAACUACUGAUCCUUUUAACAAAGCGCGGCCAGUUCUAUUUUCUAGAUGUAACUGACGAAUGAUGUAGAUUCCGUUGUAUACGAAGCUCAAGAUUGCUAAGGUCUAGUUUAA